AAGUGCAGUUGUCUUUAAAAAAUGGAAUAAUAGCAACCUCCUCAGGAUUUGGAUGCAUAGUUUCAUAGGAAUAUCAUUUCAUUCCUGAUCUUCAAAGCAUGUGGCUCAUCAUGGAAACUCAAGCUUAUUUACAUAUUGAAAUGGACUGAUUGAAUUUCUUACAAUUCAUUGGAUUUUAAGGCAAUGAGCAAAAGGAUUAGACACUGCUGGUCUCUUACUCCAAUAUGGAAGAAGAUUUGGACAUUUCUCUUUCCAGUUUGUGCUAUCACCAUUAUAGUAUAUAUGGUUGGCUUCAAUUAUUUUACUUCUUCAAGGAUGUUUGAUUUCAAAGAAAGACAGAACGGUGAAGAUGUAAGUGAAAAUUAUAGAUUUGAACCACCAGGUGAUACAAAUUUUACAACAGAACACACACACACUCAAAAGCAAUCUUUGAUCAUCAAUAAUAUGGAGAAUACUGAGGCCUUCCGAAAUUCACACAUCAUGAUAAGUACAGGUGUUGGGCGAUUAGGAAAUCGUAUGUUUGAAUUCGCAUCACUUUUAGGAACUGCCAAACGUCAUAAUUAUAAACCAAUGAUUUUACGUAGAAAUACAUUAUUGCAGGUUUUUGAUAUUUCACAGGUGACUGAUUCAGAACCUUCGAACUUGAAAGGUGUUGGAGAAAGGGGAGCGGGGGUAUAUGACAAAUCGCUAGAAAAUUUAAGACAUGACAAAAACUAUUCAUUAGGUGGAUUUUAUCAAAGCUGGAAAUAUUUUGAUUUCAUGAAAGAUGAAGUGAAGAAAUCCUUCAAGUUUAAAAAGGGAUUUGUGGACAAAGUUCGGCAACUGCAGGCUUCGCUGAAAAUUGGUGAUAAAAUUACAGUGGGUGUACAUGUACGUCGCGGUGACAUGGGAAGCAAACGAGAACUCUCCAGAGGCUACAAUGUCGCCACAAAGGAGUAUUUCAACAAAGCAUUCCAAUAUUUUCGGAGUAAAUUUAAAAACUUGAUAUUUCUUGUUGUAAGUGCUGAAAUGGCUUGGUGCAGAAGCAAUAUGAAAGGUGAUGAUAUUAAAUUCGUAACGACAGGUAGUGCAGGUGGAGAUAUGGCUCUACUCGCUCAUUGUAACCAUAGUAUCGUGUCCACGGGAAGUUUUGGUUGGUGGGGGGCCUACCUCACCGGAGGAGAAGUAGUGUAUUAUAAGAAUUUCCCAUCCAAUGGCAGUUGGUUGUUAAAGCAGUAUAACAAGACCGAUUAUUAUCCCUUGAAUUGGAUUGGAAUGGAAUGAUUUCUGCUGAUUUUAACACUAAGGCCACACCAAUAAAAUUU